UCUCUCGUGGCGCUAGUGCGUCUGUUUCAAGGGGAGUCGCUGCGGCGAUGGGGAGUCGAGAGGUCUUGAAGCUUUUCAAAUUGUUGCACAGGACAAGACAAAAAGUUUUCAAAAAUGAUCCAAGAGCCCUAGAAGCUGCAAGACUUAAGAUAAAUGAAGAAUUCAAAAAUAAUAAAGAUGAGACUUCUUCUGAAAAAAUAGCUGAGCUUAUGAAAAUAGGUUCCGAUGUAGAAGUUAUACUCCAAACAUCUGUAAUUCAGGGUGUUCAUACAGGCCCGAACAAACUAUUGCUGAUACCAAGAAAAGAGCUACUACUAGACAACAUUCCUUUCUGCGAUGCACCAACACAAAAGUCAUGAAUUUGGGGGAAUAAAGUUAAUUGUUACUGUCAUGUGGUUGGUUUUA